AUGGCUGAUCCCCAAGCGUCCGAAAUGCUCACUGCCCUCCUCGAGAAGAACCACCUCGAGCACGCUCUCCUACUCCCUGAUGGCUCAACCCACAGCCAUAUGGCCCACCUCCUCAUCUCAGCCCACCGCCUCAACAGCACCACCUCCCACCUGGAAGCAAUCUACACCACCACAGAAUCCUCGCUCAUCCCUUGGAAACCAGCCGAGUACUCCAUAACAUCCGACGAAGACCUCUUCUCCCACCUCGGCGAUCAAAGUUACCAGCGCGCCUUCAUCCAGUACUUCGACCGGCGCCUCCAGGACUUCGACAACGACUGGAGUGCGUUAUUCAAGCACUACCUCCUCGAAGGACCCAUGCCGAUGCUCGGAGGUUUGACGGGAGGUUUCGCGCACCCGUUGAUUAUGGUGGCGGAUGCGGUGGAUGUGGGGGAUCCGCAUGUAGCGGUCGAGGCGUUGGCGUUGACGGCUUAUGAUUGGAAUGCGCUGCACAAACUGACGGACGGCCCUCCUCCGCCAGCUCGUGAGGGUUCCGGGAGGGAGUGGACGGUGUUGCAGAUCCUGGGGCAGAUAAGGGAUGAUACUGUGUUCGAUGAAUUGCUCCAGAAGCCUGGAGUGAGGAACACGAUGGUGGUGCUCCAGAGUGAUCAUGCAAGGCAGGCUUUGCUGGGCUACCUGGGCGCUCUGCAUGUUGCGGUUGACAACGUCGACACGAUUCUCCCGGAGUUGGUUGAAGCGGCGGUCCAUCUGUUAUGCACCAUCCAUGUCAAACCCUCGGCCUCGACAGCGUUUACACAGCACAAAUUCGACUUCUAUCUCACCCACCAGCUCACCUUCUGCUGGUGCGUCAAGACUCUCAUCCCGUUCCUCGACUCGGUUGCCAGCGCGAAGCUCCUCCGCAUGGUCUGGCUGAUGAUGGUUUUGACGUACGUCACUCAGCUUCGACCGAAGAUGAAGCCGGAAAUACUCGUAGACACUCCACUGCCGACGGGGGAUAGGACCAAUAUCUGGGAUGAGAUGGCUGCGGCCACGGUCGGCGGCAUCACGGGGAAAGACGCAGAUCCGCACUUUGUCAAGGUCAUUCGGACGUUGAAAGAAUUCGCGCAGAUGUGGCCAGAGCGUGAGGAGAACUUCCUGAAAGCCGCGAUUAGGUUCGAUGGAGAGUUCUCCGGGUGGACCGGGUUUGGCGAGGCGGGUGAAGAGAGGACGGAUGUCGAAAUGUAG